AGCAGCAGCAACAACAAACGCCACAACAAUUAGCACAGUCUCUGGAGAACGGCAAUGAGAUGGUGAAUAGACAAAUAGCUCCCGCCUAUGCAAAGGUCAAUGGCGGUACUGCCAUUCCGCUGCCCGCGACGGUCAUGGUCCAGCGUCGCUGCCCCCCGGACAAGGUGCGCCCCCUGCCGCCGACCCCCAAUCAUACGCCAUCCAUACCUGGUCUGGGCAAGAGCGGCAUCGACUUUAAUACGAGCCGUCCAAAUAGUCCGCCCACCAGCAAUCACACCAUACAGAGCCUGAAGAGCGGUAAUAACAACAGCUUGCGUCCACCGACAGUGAAGAGUAACCACCAGAGUGGCAUACCCUCGCCGAGUAGCCUCAAUGCGGUGGCCCCCAGUGCACCACAGAAGCACUCCAUGCUGGACAAGCUGAAGCUGUUCAACAAGGAGAAGCAACAGAAUGUGGUAAAUGCAGCUGCGGCUGCCAGUAAAACGCAGAUCCAAUCGAAGCGAACGUCCUCCUCGUCGGGCUUCAGUUCGGCGCGCUCGGAGAGAUCUGAUUCCAGUCUGAGCCUCAACGAUGGCCACAAUUCGCAGCUGAAGCCGCCGAGCAUCAGUGUCAGUGUCCAGAAGAGUCAACAGAAGCACAAUACGAAGCAGUCCAAGUUGCUGGCGGCGCAGCAGAAGAAGGAUCAGUCGAAGACUGGCAAGUUGGACAAGAAGGAGAAGAGUCCGGCACGAUCCCUACACAAGGAGGAGCAACAAUCGGGGAUGUCGGGCAAUGAAUCGCGCAGUUCCACCAUGGGGCGAGCUGGAAAGAGCUCCUUAAUGCGGGGCAAUAUCGAGAAGAACACUGCCAAGACGUCUUCCAAGUCAUCGCUUCACUCCAAAUCCGAUUCCAAGUGCUCCCUGAAAAGUCAGGGUCAGAGUCAACAGCUCCUGCAAAGUCCCAGUGGCACAGGUUUGCCCAAGCCCAUAGCGGCCAUCAAGGGAACCAGCAAGCUGCCACAGCUGGGCGUGGCCAAUGGAUCCGGAGAGCUCUUCAAGCGCGAAUCGAGUGACAUAUCCGCCAACCAGGCCAACAUAUCCCAGGAGCAACAGCAGCAAUCGCAGCAGCAGCUGGCUGUCAACCAAGCCACACAUAUCCUUAAGGCAUUGCCUUCAACUCCACCGCAACCACCACCGUACUAUGCCAAUGCACCGCCGCCUCCUCCACCGCACGCAUCCCACAUAUCAGGAGUACCACAUGGCGCUGGUUACUCUGGCCACGGCUCGGGCUACCUGAGUGAGCCCAGCACACCGCAACAUGGCGGCAUCUAUGGCAGCAGCCGGUUGCCACCACCCAAGUCAGCGCUGAGUGCUCCACGCAAACUGGAAUACAAUGCGGGUCCACACAUUCUGUCCUCGCCACCGGCACGUUCCCCGUUGCAGCGACCGACGCACAAUUCGGCACCCAAUACGCCCACCGCCUCGCCCAGUAAGUUCCAUACGAUUCCCUCGAAGAUCGUUGGCACCAUCUACGAGUCCAAGGAGGAACAGCUGCCCUCGACGGCGGCACAAUCCGCGGCAGCUGCUGCCUCCGCCUCCGCCUCUGCCUCUGCCUCCUCGGUGCUGCCCAUGCGACCGCUGCUGCGUGGCUACAACUCACACGUGACGCUGCCCACGCGAGGAUCCCGGGGUGGACAGCAGCAUCAUCAUCAUCAUCAUCAUCAUCCCCAUCAAUCUUACUUGGACUUUUGCGAGUCGGAUCUGGGACAAGGCUACUGCAGCGAUGGCGAUGCUUUGCGCGUGGGCAGCUCCACUUCGAGCAGUCGCUAUCACGACAUCGACAAUGGGUAUCUGUCCGAGGGCAGCAGCGGCUUGAGCGGCACAGGCUCAGCGGGAGCUGGUGUCUCCCAUGGCAAACACUUUCUCAGCAUGAUGCGAGCUCGCACUCAGUUGCCCACAACCAUUGAGGAACGGUAAGUACGAGCUACACAUUUCCAGCUAAACAAUGUUGGCCAGUGUAAACACAUGACAUUCGAUUUGAAUUCGAUUUUGGUCUUGAAUUUCUUUUCAUAAAUAUUUAUACCCAAACAUUGUCACGA